UUCGGUCAGCUUUCAGUGAAAAUGUAGUGUAAAAUAAAUAAAAUCCUAUUGUCUGUCCUGUUUAUUGCUUGGGGACUGUUAUUUACGUGACAACACCUGAACAGAACACACACACACACAUUGGCUGUUUGUUUCUACCUCUCCCCUCACUGAAAGCCUCAGACAUUCCGCCACCCACCUCCACCUUGAUUAAACGCCUCCGCCUUGAUUAAACGCUUAUUUUGUUAUAUUUCUCCCUCUCCCCUCGCUGGAAGCCUCGGACCUCCCGCCGCCCGCUCCUGUCUCAAACACGGAGAUCUCCCUCUCCGCGGAGCACCCACAGCGCACGCCCAGCCUGUUAAAUAGACACAAACUCAGUGCUUUAGUAAUUAAAUAAUGUCGGGCUCGGUUCGGUUUCGGACAUAACAAAACAGAAUGACUGUCGGGUUCGCAAAGGAAAACCAGAUAUUAUCAUCAAUUUAUAAACACCCCUCGGACGUGCCAGACAGGAGGUGAAAAAUGGACAUGUCCGGGCAAAAGAGGACGUUUGGUCAGCCUACCCUAUUUCCAGUUUCUUGCUAAGCUAAGCUAAGCUAAGCUAAGCUAAGAGCCCUCUGGCUGAAUCCUCAUAUGUAACUUACUAAUAUGACAGGAAACAAUAUUCUCAUCUGUUUUUUGGCAACAUAGUGAAUACACACCAGACACCCCCAGUCAACUCAUACACAUGUCAUAGGGCCGUUGUUCCCAGCUGGUCCGGCCACAAGGUCCAAAUUUCUCCUUAGUCAUUAGUGUAAGGUUCACACAGUUUAAUACAGCAUCACACUUGUGUUUUGCCAUGAUGUUGAGCUAGUGGAAUCGCUUGCAGUCCAUUCUGAAUGGACCUGUGACCCACUUUGGAAUGCGACCCUCCAGUUGGGAGCCACUGUCACAGGGUGCACAUGUGGCACGAGCACACAUUCAAGGAUCAGACUGGUGACUUAUUUAUCUUCAUUUAAAAAUACUAAAAUGCAAAAGGGGGCUUAACAGGGGCUACAAAGAUUCGUAACAUGGCUAUAGCACCAUCUAGCCCCAGUGUGACGUCAUGCCUGGACAUUUGUUAACUUUGACAUUUUGGGAAACGCUUAAUUGCUCUUUAACUAAGAGGUAGAUGACAAGUUUGAUACUACUGUCACGUUUGAGAGCAGUAUCAAAGAAGCUCACGAUCCAACUUAAUGAAGAGAAAGGCAGAGCAAAAUUUGCAGAGGUUGUUGUUGAAUCACGCACAUUUACAGACAGGCCUGGGGGGUAAAACCUUCUCUGAACAGAGACUUGUCUACUGCCUGUGACUGCAUAUUAUAUGCCUUUGUGCUGGUAGCCUGGAAGCCUUCCUUAGGCCUUUGUAUUUUGGCAUAGACAGAUGUAUUGUAUUAACACCCGGGCCUGGCAAUUUAUCAGGUUCUUUGUUGUCUGGCAUAUUGAAACAAUUAGCCAAUUAAUUUUCAGGAUGCUGCUCUUUUCUGUCCUCUUUUGUGUAAAAAACGCAAUACACAAGGGUGUAAAAAAGUCUGCCUGGACUAAAAUGUUUCUUAAAGGAUUGGGCUGGUUAUAUUCUAUAUCCAUUGCUACUGUCAUGGAUUUGCCUAACAAAAUGUAACGGGUAGAAAUAUAAAGUGUCAUAAAAUGGAAAAUAAUAAUGAGUAAAGUACAAAACUUGUGCAGUUACACACUGUCCAUCACUGAAGACAGGUCAUUUUGGUCUUUUCUCUGUCUGGCUUUUCAGUACAGGUACACUGUGGUUAUUAUUCUUGCUCACCUGUAAUAAAAAGGUUCACACCAAUCAGACUUUGCAGAUUGGACCAGUACAAAGUAGCUCAUCCCUCCAGGCUGUCCUGUCACAUCGUCACUGAUUUUCACUACCAAGAUUAAUGUGGUAGUUUUUAGUAAGGAUAUACGGGCAGAAAAUUGAUCAUUCAACACAGUGGGACCAGACUACUGCCGGAAAAACAGGUGACCACACAGAAGAGAAAAGUGUUUAAGCAUUGUGAUGUAACAAAGAUGUAGGUUCAAGAGAAUGAAAGACAAAGAGUGUUUUGUAUCUCUUAUUGCUCACACACUGUUUCAGUCUUAAUGAUGCUCUUGUGAUUUACAGGGUCGGCCUGCUGAUUCUGAGAAAGUCCGGACACUGGACCUCCACCAGACCUUUCAAGGAAGCUGAUAACUAUCAGUUUUUAGGCCGGAAUGAAGUUCACAGUGAAGGAUUGGUCAAUAAUGUCUUCCUGAAUGUUGAGCUAAGGUCACAACAACAUUAUGUUAUCACUGGCUUCACCUCAGCUUGAGUGCAAGAAGUUAGUCACAGAUCAGCACACCGAUUCUAAGAGGUACGAUGAAUAUGAUUCCAGCAAGAGACGAAAAACUGUGAUUUUCAAAAUAUUUUCUGUCACAAGUUGUGAUUGCUUUUUCCUUCAGUUUGUUAAAGAAAGAUGAAAACUCAUGUUUAAAUACAACACCCCCAUUGCCGGAGGGGUGUGUCUUUAUCUCUCAUUCCAAAGGCAAAAAUUACUAUUCUGUUUGAAGUAGCGCAUGAUGAUCUGAUGACUCAACUACUACUCAGAACAGGCUGUUAAAAUUUAUUGAAGUGGAUUGGCUGUCUUUCCAGGAGCCCUGAGGAGUCAGAUCUAGUCAAGAAAGAGUUUCCUGUUACACUCCAAAUGAAAGGAAAGAAAAAGUAUUCACACAAACACACAUACACUAGAAAAUACCAUUUUAUCAUUCCCUCCAAAUAUUACUCAAAAUUAGACUGUAGUGAAUUUCAAUUUUUCCGUAUAUCUGGUCCUUUUUAACUUCAAGUCACUUUCCGAUUUUUACCAGCAACCUUUUAAUUAUGGAGCUGUGGAGACUGAGGUGGAUCAUCUCCGUAUUCUUCACUUUACGUCUACAGCUGUGCUAGCAGCUCUGUGGGGCUGUACUGAGGCAUAGCAGAGCUAUUUUUUAAAUAAGCUUUUAAAUGAAUUGAUUCUGGUGGCACCUGCCUCUCUACUUUAAGAAGAGUAGCUAAGAAAUAAAUACACUGCUCAAAAAAUGAAGGGAACACAUAAUGGUCACAGUAUAACACCAAGUCAAAUACACUUCUGGGAUAUCAAUGUGUCCAUUCAGGAAGCACAAGUGAUUGUGAAUCAGUUUCACCCGCUUUGGUGGAGACUUUUGUGUGAGGAGGAACAGGAGGAGCACUGCCAGAGCCCUACAAAAUGACCUCCAGCAGGCUACUGGUGUGCAUGUUUCUGACCAAACUGUCAGAAACAGACUCCACCAGGGUGGCAUGAGGGUCUGACGUCCUCUAGUGAGACCUGUGCUCACAGCCCAGCACCAUGCAUUGGCAUUCGCCAGAGAACACCAGAAUUGGCAGGUCUGCCAUUGGUGCCCUGUUCUCUUCAUAGAUGAGAGCAGGUUCACACUGAGCACAUGUGACAGAUGUAAUGAACCUUAUGCUGCCUGUAACAUCAUCCAGCAUGACUUGUUUGGCGAUGGGUCAGUGAUGGUCUGGUCUGGUCCCUUGACAUUCAAACUUGGCCUCUCCUCCCCACACAGCUUGUGUACUGCAAGCUACCAUUGUAAGAACUGACAAUAAAGCUGACUUUGACUUUGAAGAAUAUUGAUUUAAUUUUAAUGAAAAAGCCAAUAUUUUAGCAAGCUAGCUGUACCUACCUGUCCAACAAAAAAACAGGCCAACUCCACAUUGCUCUUCAUCCCCAUCCCCAUUGUCUCCUUCAGUGAGACAUGCAGCUGCAGCCACAUGUGAUUUGAAGCCUAUAUGACAUGCCCUUACAAACUGCGCCCACCAACCGUACAAGACAAAUCCACCAACACUACGGUUUUAUGAAUCCUGUUACAAUGCGACAUUGUACUGAAUAAAUUAGGCCAAACAAAGGAAUAAUCCACUUUAUACACGAAGAUGUGAUUCACCUUAUAAGUAACAAGAUAUACCCCUUACCCUUAUACCCUAACCCUAACCUUAACCACCUCUCUUUUAACCCUAACACUUCAUAGCAAGCUAAACAUUAUCUUGGCACUUUCUUCAAGGCUUCUGCCUCUGGACCAAGUACUGAAGGGGGCUGAUCAUGUAGGUAUGGUGGGCGAGUCAUGUAGCUGGUGUGGGUGGUCUCCAGCUAGAGCUAUACCUACUCACCUUCAGCGAAAGUUAAAGUGAAAGUCAACUCCAGAUUCACUCUCGCUUUUGAAACAAGCUUUAUCCGAUUGGCAUUUCAUCUCGCUAUAUUUCCACUUCUUCUGCACUGUGUCCGAGAAUUUUUCUAGCGGUCUCUUGGAUACAUGUCCCUUACUGUCUAGCACCUUGUCCUACCUUUUUAUAAUGUCCAGACCUCACCUGCUCCCUGUUAUUUGCUUGGGGCUAUACGCCCACAAACUUCCUAAACACAAAAUACAAAGAAAGUAAGAAGAGUGUAGAGUCUCUGCAGAAACACCACCACACACUUCUAGAGGGUCAUAAGCUAUGAUAGAGGAGGAUUACUUUUUUGUGAGUCUUUACAUUGUUCUUGAGGAAAAUCCUACAUAGUAUACCUUUCAAGACUGAAGAAGGGGAAGAAACAUACAGUAAUCUCUUAAAUACACCCACUUCUUUGUCUCCUCCCCUCUCUCUCUGUUCUUCAAUGAGUGCCACUCUGCUCUGCUCAGACCCAGAGGCAGACCUUCACAUGUAAAGUAAAGCUGUGUGGAUCUUGGACUCAUUGCUCAACUAUGCAGUAGAGAGGAGGAUUAGUUCAAGCUGAGCACCGGUGCAAGGAUUUGGCAUUUGGCCAUUUAUCCAUCAUUUCGCAGGCAGAGACACUACCAUACUCUUUGUCUCCCUUCAUCUGAAUCUUCUCUUCACUCCCUUGUCAUUCUCCCUCUCCUUCUCCCUUUCUCCACCCACCCCUCUCUACCCUCUCUCUACCAUGACCCUUUUAUCAGAGGACCAGUCUGCAAGGCCCCAACCCUGCCGGCUCCCUGAGCCUGGCAAACACAUCACCACUUCUUUGUACCCGACAGACUUUACAGGCUCCAAAGAGGACUACAUGGACAGUGGGGAAGGUGCUGUGUUCGGAGCCGUGGAGCCCCCCAGGCGCUCACGGGGCCGCCUUAUCCUCCAUGGCAUGGUCAUGUUUGGAAGGGAAUUCUGCUACGCGGUGGAGGCAGCGUUCGUCACACCGGUACUUCUGAGCGUGGGCCUGCCCCGCAGCCUGUACAGCUUGGUGUGGCUGAUAAGCCCCAUCCUGGGCUUCUUGCUCCAGCCCAUCAUCGGCUCGGCCAGCGACUACUGCCGCUCAUCAUGGGGCCGACGGAGGCCUUACAUCCUGACCCUUGGUAUCCUCAUGCUGCUGGGAAUCACCCUGUUUCUGAAUGGAGAUGCUGUCAUCUCAGCACUGGUCAUCGACAGGUCGGUGAGGAGUAUAUGGGCCAUAGUGGUGGUGAUGUUUGGAGUCGUGCUGUUUGAUUUCGCUGCAGACUUCAUCGACGGGCCCAUCAAGGCCUACCUGUUUGAUGUGUGUUCACAUCAAGACAAGGAAAGAGGUCUGCACUACCAUGCUCUACUCACAGGUCUGGGUGGAGCGUUUGGCUACCUGGUGGGAGCCAUGGACUGGGGACACUCAAUAAUGGGUCAGCUGCUGGGCUCUGAGUACCAAGUCAUCUAUUUCUUCUCAGCAUUGACCUGGAGCAUCUUCCUCACUGUGCACCUCUUCAGCAUCCCAGAGCAACCCCUUGGCAAGGAUCCGUCCACAUCUGACCCCUCACCUCCCAGUGCCCUUCGCCUACUAGGUUCCCACAGCAAUGGAUAUGGCGCACUGGCUAAUAAAGAGCCAGUCUCACCUGUAGUUCCAGCAUCUGUUCCAGACCUCAGGCCUAGGUCAUUCUCUGCUCUUGGGGAGGCCAAUUCAGUGACCUCCAGUGCUAAGCAGCCAAACAAGGAGGCCCAGAAGAGGAUGACAUUCAGAUCAAUGAUGAAAGCUAUCAUCAACAUGCCAAGCCACUACCGCUGUCUGUGUGUCAGUCACCUGCUGGGAUGGACGGCUUUCCUCUGCAACAUGCUCUUCUUCACUGAUUUUAUGGGACAGAUUGUGUACAAUGGAGAUCCUUAUGCAGAUCAUAACUCCACAGCUUAUGCCACAUAUGAGAGAGGAGUAGAAGUGGGCUGCUGGGGGCUGUGCAUCAACGCUGUGUCCUCUGCUCUCUACUCCUACGUGCAGUGUUUCCUCCUCCCGUACGUCGGCCUGAAAGGAUUAUACUUUAUGGGCUACUUUGUGUUCGGCAUGGGCACCAGCCUGAUUGGCCUCUUCCCCAACAUCAUCGCCACACUGAUCCUCUGCAGCGUGUUCGGCGUCAUGUCCAGCACGCUCUACACCAUCCCGUUUAACCUGAUAGCGGAGUAUCAGCGAGAAGAGGAGGAAUUCAUGAAGCUGGGAGGAAGCAAUGGAAGUCAGCGAGGCACCGGGGUGGACUGUGCCGCCCUCACCUGCAUGGUCCAGCUGGCUCAGAUCAUCGUGGGUGCAGGUCUCGGCGCUCUGGUCAACAUGGCAGGAAGUGUAGUCGUGGUGGUUCUCUCGGCCUCGACCGUGUCCCUGCUCGGCUGCAUCUUCAUCGCUCUCUUUAUUAGAAAUGUGGACUAAUUCUGUUUAUAUAAAAGUAUUUUAAUGAUAUUGUUUUAAU